UUCCUUUUUCGAAUUCGAGGCAUAUAUUUCGGUUCAAUAAGGCCCUUCUUGGUACGAUGGAUGGCAUUCCAUUUCUUCAUGUUGUCGUCUUCGUCUUCAUCAUUUUCGCGGCUCAACUCAGCGACCAAGCUGGGACUAAUGGAAGGACUCUUCUUCAAAUAAAGAAACCUUGCCCUGUAAACAUUGAGAACCUAAACUACACUAUCAUAACGAGCCAGUGUAAAGGACCAAAUUACCCUCCCGAACCCUGUUGUUCGAGUCUGACCGAAUUGGCAUGCCCUAUUGCAAAAGAUCUCAAUGAUCAAACCAACGACUGCGAUGACCAACUGUUCAGCUACAUUACAACAAUCGGGAAGUAUCCGCCUGGCUUGUUCAGCAGCGUAUGCAAGGAUAGCGAACGAGGACUUGAGUGCCGAUCACCAACACCAACCCUUACUCCUACAACUAUAGCUAACGCUGCCACUCCAAUCAGGACUUUCCCUCCAAUCUUCAUCGCGCUGCUGCUUUUCCCUCUUCACUUUUUCGCGCGAAAAUUCUGCCUUUAAUUUAAUAAUAAUGCUUAUAGUCUUUGUUGUUAUGCAGAUUUCUGUCAUUUUACUUGCCAUGAAAAUACUUGUACUAUUAAAUUGUCAUACAGAUGUCAUCCAGAAUUGAAUAAAUGUGUGUUAAU